AUGGCCCCAUCGUUUCUGGGCAUGAUACUCUACGUCAGUCCCCUGGUCUCUCCACAGCUCACCUUUUCAUCACAAUUUGCAGUUUUACGCGCUGGAUAUUUAAAGAAAUCACUUCAGAAAAUUACGAUUAUUACACAACCAACGGCCAAUACACGAACCACUACACCUCCCAGCUCCACAAUAAUUACCAACAAGGAUAUUCCAUAA